GCCGCCUUCCUUCUCUUGGGGGCAUCGCGUUCCUGCUGUCUCCACCCCGUCCGCACUCUUUUCCCCAUUGGGCUUCGAGUACCCUGGCUCGACCUAAUGCGGCGCUAGGCUAGCGCCCGAUUCCAUGUCCUUCCUGGCAUCCGGCGGCCGCCGCCUCCUCCUCCGGGAUAUCUCCAGGCACCGUCCGCCACAUGCAGGUUACACUUACACGGCUUGCUUCCGGCGGUACAAGGCGCAUUUCCUGCUGGACGGAAUCGAGGAUGCAUCAGCGGCGGAGAACGCCGUCGACUCGCCGGUGUCUCUGGCGAAGAGCCUGGCCUCUCUCGCCGAGGAAUCGACCGCCGCCGCCCAGGGGCAGCGGAAGCCCCUGUCGCGGAUGGAGCGGAAGAGACUGGCCGAGCUCCGGAUCAAGAAGAGGGUCAAGGCGCAGUACCUGGACGGCAGGUUCUACAAUCUCAUGGGCAUGGUGGUGUCGAGCGCCGACACUUUGGGAGACGCCUAUGACAUCGUCCGGCUGAACUCCAAUGUCGACCUGACAUCCGCUCAAGGCGAUGUUUGUUUUGCCGCAUUAGCGGAGCAGCUCAGGAGCGGCGAGUUUGAUAUUGCGGCGAAUGCUUUCUCGGUGACCGCAACAAAGAAGCGAGGAGGCGAGCGACUUGUUCUUCCACGGCUGAACCUGAAAGUUAUCCAGGAAGCGGUCAGGGUUGUGCUUGAGGUUGUUUACAGGCCUCAGUUCUCCAAGAUAUCUCAUGGUUGCCGGAGUGGGCGAGGAUAUCACUCUGCUCUGAGGUUCAUAUCGAGUGAAAUCGGGGUUCCAGAUUGGUGCUUUACUGUCCCCUUGUACAAAGAGGUCGAUAGUAAUGUAGUCUCCAAGCUUAUCUCACAAAUACAGGAAAAGAUUGUUGAUGACCAAUUAGUUGCAUUCAUGCAAGAUAUGUUUGAUGCUGAGGUGAUCAAUUUGGUGUUUGGAGGAUUUCCCAAGGGCCAUGGAGUCCCUCAAGAAGGAGUACUUGCGCCAAUCCUGAUGAAUAUAUAUCUUGACAGUUUUGACCAUGAAGUAUUUAGGAUUUGCAUGAAACAUGAAGGCCUUUCUUCAGGGGCAACAAAUGCUACAGAUAACCACACGGGCUCUAAUUUGCGUCGAUGGUUUAGAAGUCAACUGAAAGACAGGGAUGUAAAUAGUGAGGAUCUAACAGAGGGUCGGCCAAACAUAAGACUACAUGCUUGUAGAUACAUGGACGAGAUUUUUGUUGCAGUUGUGGGAUCCAGAGACGUAGCAGAAAAUAUAAAGUCUGAAAUUGUUGAUUACUUGAGCAAAUCGCUUUACCUGAAAGUUGAUGAUAGAUUGCAUAUUAUGCCAGUCAAAAAGAACUCCCGGGGGUUACAGUUUGCUGGCACUGUAGUUAAAGUCGCAACAAAAGAAAGUGCUGCACUGAAAGCUGUGCAUAAGCUGAAGGAGAAGGUCCGUUUAUUUGCUUCUCAGAAGCAAGAGAUAUGGGAUACUAUGAAUAUUAGAUUAGGAAAGAAGUGGUUGGCAUAUGGUUUGAGGAGGGUAAAAGAGUCUGAGAUCAAGUCUCUCGGUCUCAGCACACCGUUGCUCGACCACAUCUCACAGUUUAGGAAAGAGGGGAUGAAGACAGAUCAUUGGUUCAAAACUUUACUCAAGGUAUGGAUGAAGGAUAUCAAUGCCAAAGAUGAAGCUAAUGAGGAGAUGCUCCUGUCAAAAUAUAUUGCUGAACCAGCACUUCCCCAAGAACUCAGAGAUGCCUUCAACAACUUUCAAAAGCAAGCUGAAGACUACAUCUCAUCAGAAACUGUUGUUACAGAAGCACUGUUGUCCAGCUUAAAGAAUGAGGAAUCAAUCUAUUCCUGCGGUGACUGUGCCGUCAUUAAGAUUCAUGCACCUCUUCGUUAUAUCCAGAAGUGCCUCAACCGCUACGGUCUAACUAAUCUUGAAGGUUUCCCCAGACAUGUUUCAGCCCUUGUCUUGCAAGAUGAUGAACUAAUCAUAAGUUGGUUUGCAGGAAUAAUUCAGCGUUGGGUAAGAUGGUUCUCUGAGGUUGACAAUUUUGAAGAACUUCAACUUAUGUUAGUUGAGUGUGUCAGGAAAUCCUGCAUCAGGACACUAUCUGCAAAAUACCGAAUGUAUGAGAAGUUGACAGAAAAGCGGUUUGAACUCGAUGAUUAUGGCAUUCCAAUGGUUGAGGAUUUUGAGGCAAUGAUGGCACAGUUAGAGACUAGUUCUUUAGUUUCUACUGAUGAAGCUCUGAUGUAUGGCAUUUCUAGUAGUGGCUUAUGUGUGCUUACCCUCUCAAGAGUUGUCCCUGCUCGGAAAUUCAACUGCUUUGUCAUGGGCUGCCAAUAUUCUUCGCCAAGCAUGUAUGUUAUUCAUGUCAAGGAGAAACAACGGUUUCCAGGAUGGAGGACAGGUUUCUCAUCAUCAAUUCAUGGGAGUUUAAAUGGUAGACGGAUUGGGUUGUGCACUCAGCAUGUUAAAGAUCUAUAUCUAGGACAAAUCUCCCUUCAGUCAGUUGAUUUCGGUGUGCUCAUUCGAUGAUAUAAGAUGACACCUCAGGCUCUCAUUUUGAGAAUGAAGGCUUUGUACGGUUUAGUAUCUUAUAUGUUUGUCAGCACUUAUGUGCGUACAUGGCUACAGCUCAACAUUACUAUUCUUGGAGAGGCAACUAUAGAAUAUGCUUGUAUAUAUUCUUCCAAAUUAAAAUGAACUUUCAUGUCGAUAGCAUGGGAAGCAUCUCUCUCAAAAUAACUAUUCUAAUUCUUGGUGCCUGUAUUGGGUUGUUUUUCAGAGUGAUCAUGAAGAAUUGCUGGCAGUAAUACUAGUAACACCCAUCCUUAAUCUCCAAGGAAGAAGGCAUCUGCUGGUGGAUACAUGGUCUUUUGCCUGGAGGAAAUACGCGGCAAGGUCGCCUUCCAGUUUUCAUCAGCAACAGGUCAUACACAGAUUCACGGUGACGGGCUUUAUUCUGGUGUGCCCGUAUAUCGUAACCUGGAUACUGAAUCGCAUACCAACAGAGAUCACUACUGAUGAUCAUUCGCUCAACUGAAAUCCUCUGAUCCAGCCAUCCAGGUAUUCGAGUUCCCGAAAGUCACGCUCCAGAAGACCAGAACCUACCUGCUCGUCGACCAGAGCUGCGAGAUCAAGAUGCCAAACUGCAAAGGCCCCUUGGGUGGUGCCUUCUCUGGUACUGGCAAGCACCAGGCCAUCCUCUACCUGUGGCUCUUCUCCAACCUCCAGGACUCAGCCAAUGAGCCAGUUCUUCUACUAUGUGCUCAUUAUGUAGCUUCUGAGGGAGGAUAUGUUUAUUUUGCUCUGUUAACGUCAGAUUGGGUACAUGUACAUCUAAAAAGGAAGAAUAAGCUUUCAGAGACAUCUUUUGUGGACGGAAGGAGUAAUAAUCAUCUGAAAGAACAAGAAUAUCGUUGUUGGUCACAAAUAAUUAAGUUUUUCUGAUAAAGUUGA